AUGCCUCCUAAGAAGCAACCCGAGAAAUCCGGGUCCUCCGGGGCCAAGCCCGCGGAAAAGAAGCCCGCCACGGCUAAAACUCCUGCAGCUGCACCUAAAGCUGCAUCUUCAUCUGGCGCUGCCGCUGCUGCACCUAAACCGGCAUCAGCUAAAACGCCUGCACCUGCUCCUAAAGCAGCUGCGCCUAAAGCAGCGCCCGCAGCUAAGCCUGCCGCCGCUAAACCAGCAUCAGCUGCUGCUGCGAAGCCAGCUGCUGCCAAGCCUGCUGAGAAGAAACCGGCUUCAGCUCCUACUGCUAAGCCUGGUUCUGCUAAAGCUGCUGCAUUGAAAGCUAAGUCUAGUGCCAAGCCUUCAGUGAAGAAAGCUGCAGCUGCAUCAAGGCCCAAACCUAAACCAGCAGCGGCUAAGUUGAAGAUUGCCCCUAAGCCUAAGAAGACCGGCAUCAAGGGCCAGAAGAAACAAGUAGUUAAACCCGUUGCUAAGGCCCUCAAAGCACAAAGAAAGGUAGUUAAAGGUGAACAUGGCAAGAGAGUACGCAAGAUCCGCACUUCUGUGCACUUCCGCAGGCCAAAGACCUUUGAACCUCCAAGGCACCCCAAGUACCCCAGGAAGUCGCUUCCCAAGAGGAAUCGCAUGGAUGCUUAUAAUAUCAUAAAGUAUCCGCUGACAUCUGAAGCAGCCAUGAAGAAAAUUGAGGACAACAAUACUUUGGUAUUCAUUGUUCACACUAGCUCCAACAAGCACCACAUCAAGGCUGCGGUUAAGAAGCUCUAUGACAUCAAUGUUGCGAAAGUCAACACCCUUAUCAGGCCCGACGGCAAGAAGAAGGCGUACGUACGACUCGCCAGGGACUAUGACGCAUUAGAUGUUGCCAACAAAAUCGGCAUCAUAUAA